GGCACAUUCGUGGAUCCGCAAUAUUGCAUGUUGGAUUUGUUGGUGUUCGAAAAAAUGGCAUCGUUUCUGGUGAUGAUAAUGGAUUGGCAUUUUAUCAUAACCUAUAUAAGGUCGUGAUGGUCAAUGCCACAGAGACUACCCGUAUAAUGGGCCGAUAUCCUUCUCCGGGUCCAGAAAUUUCCUCAAAAUCAAAGAGGCCCAGCACGGUUUUUGGUUUAGCUCCGUUGCCACUGGGUCAAUUACCCCACGGUUCGGAAAGUUUUGGUCUAGUUGCCAUGUUAACACCCUAUAAGCCGUACAAGUUUUCAAAACCCAAGAAUGUAUCAUCCGAUCCUACUGCGCAAUCAAAGUCAAUUUCCGGGUGUUUAGCGUGGUACCCUGCAGAUAAAAUUCAACUUGAUCCAGAUUCACCAGUAGUUCACACAGAUCCACUUCUCGCAUUUUCGUGGG